AGUUGCAGUUCUGAGGGCAAUUCGUUCAAAAUAUUGGGAUUACGCGUUUUUACCUCAACGACCAUACUAAAGCUACGAAUCGUUUCCAGAACAAAUAAGUUCUAAUUUUUGUUUUGGAUAAAAGGCGUUAGAAUCCGUCGACCAACUACUGAAUUAUGUCGAAUAUCAGCGUUAAAGAAAAUGUUUCAACCUUUCCGUCAAGGGUCGAGAAAAAAUCGAAAAUAUUGCGUAUUUAUCCUGAAUCCGAAGAUGAUGACAUAGUAAUAUCGGGUAUGGCUGGAAAAUUUCCAAACUGCCAUAAUAUCGCUGAGUAUAAGCAUUGUCUCUACAAUAAGAUUGAUAUGAUAGACGAUGAUGAACGUCGCUGGCGUCACUUUAGCCCCGAGAUACCUAAACGUGGUGGUAAAAUUUACAAUUUAGAAAAAUUCGAUGCCACCUUCUUUGGAGUGCACUUCAAACAAGCACACACACUGGAUCCUCAAACGAGAAUAAUGAUAGAAACUGCAUAUGAAGCCGUCAUUGAUGCUGGCAUUAACCCAAAGACUUUACGUGGUUCUAGGACAGGCGUUUACGUUGGAUCAUGUAUAUCCGAAUCGGAAAAAACUUGGUUUUACGAAAAAGUGUCGUCGGGUGGUUUUGGCAUUACGGGUUGCAGCCGUGCCAUGUUGGCCAAUCGCAUAUCAUAUUCCUUAGGUUUGCAAGGACCAUCGUUCCUAGUAGAUACCGCUUGUUCCAGUUCAAUGUAUGCACUGGAUUGCGCUUUCAGCGCACUGCGCAGUGGCGAAAUUGAUGCGGCCAUUAUAGGAGGUUCUAAUUUGAUGCUACAUCCAUUUGUAACUUUACAGUUUGCGCGGCUUGGAGUUCUAGCCCAUAACGGCUUUUGUCGUCCAUUUGACAAGAAUGCUACCGGAUAUACUCGAUCUGAAGCAAUUAAUGCACUUUUCCUACAACGUAGACGAGAUGCUAAGAGAGUUUAUGCAAAAGUUAUCUACUCGAAGACAAAUUGCGAUGGCUACAAACAAGAGGGCAUUACGUAUCCCUCUGGCAAAGUGCAAGAACAACUUUUAAGUGAAUUCUACAAGGAAAUUGACAUUACACCCAAUGAUUUGGGGUAUCUGGAAGCUCAUAGCACGGGCACAGUUGUUGGCGAUCCUGAGGAGUGUCGUGCCAUUGACAAUGUUAUAUGCAGCCAGCGGACUGCUCCACUGUUGGUGGGGUCGGUGAAAUCGAAUGUUGGCCACUCAGAAGCGGCGUCUGGCAUAUGUUCAUUGGUAAAGGCUUGCUUGGCCUUUGAGACGGGAAAAAUAGCACCCAACAUAAACUUUGACGAAAUAAGGCCAGAAAUAGCUCCGUUGGCCGAAGGGCGAUUGAUUGUUGUGGAUGAGGCUAAGGACUUGAAAAAGCCAUACAUUGGAGUGAACUCGUUUGGGUUUGGAGGUGCCAAUGCUCAUGCAUUACUGAAGGCGUUCGAGAAAAGCAAAGUAAAUAAUGGUUUACCAGCAGAUGACAUUCCCCGUUUGGUUACUUGGGCAGGCCGGACGGAGGAGGCAGUGAAUGCAAUUUUUGACGCAAUUGGCAAGCAUGCCUUGGAUGCCGAAUAUAUGGGUCUUCUGCAUAACAUUCAACAGGAAGAUGUUGUGGGCAUGGUAUUUCGGGGUUUUGGAAUAUUCAGUAAGAAUGGUACUGAACCUGCUGUUGUCAAUGCCAGAGAAGUGCAGCAUUAUUCGGGUAUUAAGCGUCCUAUUGUGUGGGUUUUCAGCGGCAUGGGUUCGCAGUGGACGCAGAUGGGUGCCGCGCUUAUGGCCAUUCCCCAAUUCCGCGAAUCCAUACAACGUUGUCAUGAUGUUCUCUUUCCCAAGGGAUUGGAUCUUAUCCACAUUUUGACCUGCGACGAUCCAGAUAUAUAUAACAAUAUUUUACAUUCGUUUGUCGGCAUUGCUGCUGUUCAAAUUGCUCUGGUCGAUAUCUUGCGUUCCUUGCACAUAGAACCCGACUAUAUUAUAGGGCAUUCAGUGGGUGAACUGGGAUGUGGUUAUGCGGAUGGAGGAUUCACACAGGAACAGAUGAUUCUGGCUUCUUACUACCGUGGAAAGGUUAGUUUGGAGAUAGAAAAAAUCAAGGGUUCCAUGGCUGCCGUCGGAAUUGGUUAUAAGAAAAUUUUGAGCAUGUUGCCACCUACCAUUGAUGUUGCAUGUCACAAUGGAUCGGAUUCGUGUACAAUAUCAGGUCCAUCGGAAGACGUAGCUAAAUUUGUUGCAGAACUCAAGUCGAAAGAAGUGUUCGCUAAGGAAGUACCCUGUUCGAAUAUUGCCUACCAUUCGCGAUAUAUUUCUCACAUGGGUAGGCAUUUGCUGAAAUAUUUGCAAGAAAUUAUUCCGAAUCCCAAGCCAAGGACCUCCAAAUGGCUAAGUUCAAGUGUUCCUAAAAUGGAAUGGGGUCAACCAGGUCGCGAUCUCUGUUCGGCGGAAUAUCACUCAAAUAAUUUGUUGAACAGUGUUCUAUUCGAGGAGACAUUUGCUCUACUGCCAAAAGACGCUCUCACAAUUGAGAUAGCUCCCCAUGGCUUACUGCAAGCCAUCCUUAAACGUUCUAUGCCCAAUGGUAUCCAUAUUCCCCUCACUCACCGUGGUAACAAAAACAAUGGACUGUUCUUUAUUUCUGCUCUGGGAAAAUUAUUCAACAAUGGCAUAACCUUCCCCGUCGCUAAUCUAUAUCCAAAAGUGAAUUUCCCCGUUUCGCGAGGCACCCCCGGCAUAAGUUCCCUGGUUCGAUGGGAUCACAGCGAGGACUGGUUUGUAACAACCUACGAAAACAUGAAAACGAAAUCAAGCGGAGAGCGUACGUUAUCCGUCAGUUUAGCUAGCGAUGAUGAGGAAUUUAUGAGUGGCCAUAUUAUCGAUGGCAAAAUUCUAAUACCUGCCACAUGUUAUCUGCAAUAUGUUUGGGAAACAUUUUCACUCAUGUAUCACGGCCCAAGUUUUAUGGAUGUGCCUGUGGAAUUUGAGGAUGUUAAAUUUCUCAGGGCCACCAAUAUGUCCCAAAAUCAAAAUGUCGAAUUGACUGUGAUGAUUCACUAUGGAACAGGCAUUUUCGAGGUUACAGAAGCCGGAGCAUUGGUGGUCACUGGGCGCAUUACGGAAAUUGAAAAGCCCAGCGUUCCAAAGCUAAGCGAUGUCCCAGAGGAAUCCGUUUUUCCCAUGGUGUCUCGCAAUGACUUUUACAAGGAAUUGAGGCUGCGUGGUUACCAUUACAAUGGGGCCUUUCGUGCUGUGAGAGAGGCCCGCAGUGACGGUCUCUACGGAAAGGUUGACUGGAAAUGCAAUUGGGUGACAUUCAUUGAUGCCAUGUUGCAAAUAAAAAUUUUGGGAACUGAUUCGCGUACUCUUUUGUUACCCACAAAAAUUGGCAAAUUGCGUAUCAAUGGAGCUUUCCACUUCAAUGAGAUGGCCAAUGUGGAUCCGGAGCACCGAUUCUUUGAUGUUUAUGUUGACAGAACUAAUAAUAGAAUAGUGUCGGGUGGAAUUGAGCUAAUGGGACUGGAAGCAAAAGCAGUCCAACGUCGUCGGCCGCCCGGUAUACCAGUCUUGGAGAGUUAUGAGUUCUUACCUCAUAUUCCUUCACCUGUCAUUAGCGCUUCCGAUGCAGUGCGAAUAAGUGUUCAAAUUUCGCUGGAGAAUGCUCCCACGUUAAAGAUGAAAAUCGUUGAGGUCAACACUAACGGACGGACUCCUCUUAUGCCAAUUUUUCUUGCAUCCCUUGAAGAUCUGCCUCAAGUUACCGGAGAUUAUUUGCUCCUUUCCAAUCAAACAUUUACCGAAAUGAACCCUUCAAUACACGUAGAAGACGGUAAGUUAUCCACUCAAAGCAAUUGCCACAUAGUGGUUAUAGGAGGGUUGAGCGGCGCGAAGAAUGACUACGACAUAAAGGCAGUGACAAAGUCCUUGAAUGAAAAUGGUUAUUUGGUAGUGCGCGAAAGUACUUCUUCGAACCUGGAUGGCAUGGUUAUUCCUGAAAAUUUCAAAAUGGUAGCCGUAAUGCCAUUGGAUAACAAUGACGAAGUGAUUUUGCUCUUGCAGUUUAAGAAGGCUGAAAUUGUCACUCCAGAACCCAAAAUAGUAGAGAUCAGCGAAUCCGAUACGGACUUUAAAUGGAUCGCCGAAGUACAACAAGCGAUUGCAAAUAAAACACCAACCAUUCUCUAUGCAUUCAACGAAAAAUUGAAUGGUUUAAUAGGCUUAGUGAAUUGCUUGCGGAAGGAACCAAAUGGCAAUAUAAUCACCUGUUUCUUUAUAAAUGAUAAAGAUGCCCCACCAUUUGCGAUGGAAAACCCUUUCUACUCAGACCAAUAUGCCUUGGGCCAAGCUAUCAAUGUAUAUCAAAACCGUAAAUGGGGAACGUAUCGCCAUCGUCAGAUUAAAAUAGAUGAGGAACAACUGCCCAGAUACAACCACAUCAUUGGAAAUGUUUUACAUAAAGGCGACCUGUCUUCGAUUCGUUUCUUUGAGGGUGCCCUUGAUCCUAUAAAUGCUAACAUUAAGAUAGUCUAUUCUUCGAUUAAUUUCCGUGACGUUAUGCUCGCCACCGGUCGCCUGCCUGAGGAAAUUUACGGCAUCCGCCGUCACGAACAAAAUUGUGCAGGCAUUGAAUACUCUGGAAUAGACAAAACGACCGGAUGCCGCAUAAUGAGUAUGGUAGCACAGGGAGGCGUGGGAUCACAUGUCAAAAAAUUAUCCAAGCUGGUGUGGAAAGUUCCCGACCAUUGGUCUUUGAAGGAAGCUGCUACGGUUCCUGUUGUAUAUAUAACCGUCUACUAUGCCUUCUUUUCAUGUACCGACAUAAGGAAGGGCAAAAGUAUUCUUAUUCAUGCCGGUAGCGGAGGUGUGGGCCUAGCAGCCAUACGGACGGCCUUAGCAUAUAAUUUGGAGGUUUUCACCACAUGCAGUACUCCACAGAAGAAAAAGUUUUUACUGGAAACUUUCCCACAGUUGAAAGAAUCUCAUAUUGGAAAUUCUCGUGACACCUCGUUUGAGGAUAUGAUCCAGCGCGAGACCAAUGGCAAGGGUGUGGACUUUGUUCUGAACUCGUUAUCCGAAGAAAAGUUGCUGGCAUCGGUGCGCUGCUUGGGUACUUGUGGUCACUUCCUCGAAAUUGGCAAAUUCGAUAUGGCGAAUGAUAGUAAAUUAGGAAUGAGAUGUUUCCUAAAGGAACUGACAUUUCAUGCGGUCUUGGCAGAUCGUCUGGUAGACACUGCCGAUGAUGAAAUCGCUCAUUUAAAACACCUCAUUGAUGUCGAUAUUGCGGCGGGUAUUAUUCAACCUUUGCCAGCAACAGUUUUUCCAGCCCAUGAAAUUGAACAGGCGUUCCGGUACAUAGCCGGAGGCAAACACAUUGGAAAAGUUCUUAUACAAAUUCGCGAAAACCCUGAGGAUGAAUUCACCAUGCCGGUUAAAGUCGUAAAAUAUCUGUAUUUCAAGCCUGAUUUGUGUUACAUUAUUCCCGGUGGAUUGGGUGGCUUUGGCCUGGAAUUGGCUGAUUGGAUGAUCCUGCGAGGCGCAAGAAAGAUUGUUUUGAGCUCCAGGAAGGGUAUUACUAAAGACUAUCAGUCCUACAGAAUAGCGUUGUGGAAAACAUAUGGAUGUGAGGUGCAUAUCAAUACCAGUGAUAUAACUACUUCAGAGGGCUGUGCCACACUUUUAGAGCAAGCCGGAAAAGUUGCCCCAGUUGGAGGUAUUUUCAAUUUAGCGGUUAUUUUGCGCGACGCUAUCUUUGAAAAUCAGACCAAAGAUAUGUUCGUAGAAACAUUUGGACCCAAAGCCAGGGCCACGAAGUACUUGGAUAAGCUUUCACGCAAACGAUGUCCCAAAUUGGAGCAUUUCGUGAUUUUCUCCAGUGUUUCCUGUGGCCGAGGAAAUGCUGGACAGUCCAAUUAUGGCAUGGCAAACUCGAUAAUGGAACGAAUCGUUGAAGACCGCGUGAAAUGCGGUUAUCCCGGAAAAGCCAUUCAAUGGGGGGCCGUAGGUGAAGUCGGCUUAGUUGCUGAUUUGGCGGAAGAUAAAAUCGAUAUGGAAAUUGGUGGUACUUUGCAACAGCGUAUUUCAUCGUGCUUGCAAGAGUUGGACACAUUACUAAGCACACCACACACCGUAGUGUCCAGCAUGGUUGUGGCUGAAAAGAGAUCAGGGCGAACAGGCAAUGAGAGCAUCAUUGAAACUGUAAUGAAUAUCAUGAGUAUCCGCGACAUCAAGUCCAUUUCACUGGGCACCACCUUGUCCGAAAUGGGAAUGGAUUCUUUAAUGGCUGUUGAAAUCAAGCAAGCCCUUGAGCGUGACUUCGAACUGGUACUGACACCCCAAGACCUAAGGUCACUGACCUUCCAGAAGUUGAAGGAAUUCGAAGAAGCUCGCAAAGUCGAAGGCUCCGAAGCUAUAAAAAUGAUAUAUACUUCAGACAGCCAGAACCGUGGAUUCGAGUUAUUGCUUCGAAACAUUGGUGAUGAAUCACAAUGCGAUAAAGUGCUGUUACCCCUGGACACAGGAGCAGAUGCAUCCAAACUGCAAUUGCCUCCUUGUAUUAUCAUACCUGGUUUGGAGGGUGUCGCUGGUCAAGCGUGGUACAACAUAGCCAGCCAUUUAAAUAUGAAAGCUUUGGUGCUACAGUUGCACACAUAUGCCGAGAUGACAAACUUAGAUCAAAUUGCCGAAGCUGCAUUUGAGCAAGUGAAAUCCGUACUUCAAGUAGUCUCACCCUUCUACAUUGUAGCCUAUUCGUUUGGGUCGUAUUUGGCCCUAAAACUUGCUGCCCUCCUAGAAAAGGCCGGCUACAAGGGCAACCUCACAUUGAUUGAUGGUUCUCCUUAUUUUCUAUCGAAAUUGACACGGCUUCAUCUUGGAGAGGAUUUUUCGGAUUUGAAUCUUUACGAUCUGUUGUUUACUAGUAUUGUUGCUCAGAUUUUCCCCGAGGAGGCGAAAGAGUCAAUAUCAUUACAAUUUAACAAAAUUUCUACGCUGGAGGGAAAGAUGAAUGCAUUUAUGCUAUAUGUUAAAAAGCAAGACGUGUAUAGUCCGCAGUACUCGAAAACUAUAGUGGGCGCCAUGUUCAGGCGCAUUGGAAUGGCUGCCCAUUUCGAUUUGAAUUCCAUCGAGAAACUGCAAUCGCCUAUAACAUUAAUUAGACCAGCCGAAGUAUCGUUACAGGACAUUGAGGAGGAUUAUGCCCUAAGUAGCAUUACCAAUGGCAAAGUGACCGUGAAAGUAAUAGAAGGCAACCACACCACGAUGUUGGAUAAUCCGGUUUUGCCGCAGCUCAUUAAUGACUUUGACCCCUCUCAUGAAGACGAUAAAUAUUUCGAAGGAUAUAUCCGGGAUGCAAAAUAAAUUCAGAGACUCUUCUCCACAAUGCAUUUUUUACUUAUAAUUAGACUGUAAUGACAUUCUUGAAAUGUUUUCUUUUGUUACUCGCAAUAAAUAUAAUAAAUAAUUAUUAUAUCAUAA